AUGGACUCUUCAAUAAUGUUGCCCGAAUCAAGUUCAUCUCAUGUUCAAAAUUCAUCUCGUGAAUCUAGUCAAGUUCCAGAAUUUUUAACAAAUGCGGUAGAAACGGCUAUUGUAGUUAAUUUAGAAAAUAAUGAAAAUCUGGAUUCCAAUAUAGAUAUUAGAAUAAACGAUGUAAGGAAGAAAAGAAAAUUGGCUUUGACGAAUCUAGAAAAACAAGCAGAGAAGAUGUUAAAAUUUUCCAAUUCCAAAUAUCCAUCGGCUAAACUAGGUAACACAGUUAGGAUACGAGUGCCAGAUGUGGACCGAGCUCGUAGUGAUCAAAGAAAUCUACUAGCUAUCGUGACAGAGAUAACUGAAAAAAAAAAGCUUUACAAACUAGGCACAAAAUAUGGCACACUAAAUCAGUUAUAUUCAAGAAACCAGUUUACCGUUUGUAAAGAAAAGUUUAUCUCCAUAGAAGAGAUUCCAGACACUGAGAUAUCUCUUAGAGAAUGCGCAAGAAAAUCUUCUAACUGUGGGGGACAAGGAUACAGUAGGUGCGGUUGUAAAGGUGGGUGUAAAUCUGAUAAGUGUGUCUGUCGCCUCUUCAGGACGUGGUUUGUCUUUUGGGUGUUAGCCUUGGAUUCGUUGAGUACCACUAUCAGUGGUGGUAUCGAUGCCUAUGUGGUGGAUGUUGGAUGUUAUGUCUGUGGAGGAGAACGUCUUCAGAAUUUGACCAGAGGAGAAAGGGCUUGA